AGAAACUGCUGACUGAAUAGUGAAUAGAAUAUCCUCCCACACAACAAAAACACCAGCCAUAGACAAGCGGUAUUUGACAUACGAUUUUAGAAAAAAAUAACCUUUCUUUCGUAUCUGUCAGUGAACAUUGCUGUUGUGUUUCAGCCAUGGGUCGUGUCAGGACUAAGACCGUCAAGAAGGCGGCUAAGAUUAUCAUUGAGAAAUACUACACAAGAUUGACUCUUGACUUCGACACAAACAAGAGAAUAUGUGAGGAAAUCGCUAUCAUUCCCACCAAGCCUCUCCGCAACAAAAUCGCUGGGUUCGCUACCCACUUGAUGAGGCGUCUCAGGCAUUCCCAGGUCAGAGGAAUCUCCAUCAAACUGCAGGAAGAGGAGCGUGAGAGGCGUGACAACUACGUGCCCGAGGUCUCUGCCCUUGAGCAUGACAUCAUUGAAGUUGACCCUGAUACUAAGGACAUGUUGAAGAUGCUCGACUUCAAUAACAUCAAUGGUCUGCAGUUAACGCAGCCUGCCACACAGGGCGGCUACGGUGGCAGACGUAAUUAAGGAUAAUAAAUAAUUAAUAUCUA